UAUCAUUAGUAUAUGUUUUUUUUGCAAACAUUUGUGUCAGUUGAAGCAAGCAAAUUAUCAAUUAUUUCUCUCAAUAGUAGUCAGCCAUUUUAAAAUAGGAAGCUGGCGGUUCACCGUUUAUUUGUAAAAAUUUUGUAACGUACCUAUGCAUUUAAUUUCACUUGCUACUUUUAUUUAAAAAAAAUAGUGAUUGACUCAAACAGACACAUAAGUAUUUAUUAAAAUAAGUAACUUGGGUGUUUUUAUUCAUACGUAGACCAUAUUCAUAUUUAGACCACGCUGUCGACAAACCCUUCGAAAUUGAAUAUAUUAGCUUGACUUGUAAUUAAUUGUUAUAACAUUGAUUUUUAUUGCAGUAAUACGGAUGAGUUACUACAAACCUAGUUUCAGUCAGGCCGUAGCUAUGACGCGUGGCCGGGGUUUUAGUAUGUCAUAUCGAGGUGGUUCAGGUCGUUCUCCAUGGGGUGGAUCAGACAGAAGCCGCUCAGGUUAUGGAUCUUCAAGAGGCGGCCCUGGGGGCGGAAGUGGGGGUCGAUUUUCUAACUCAUUCUCAAGCUCUUUUGAUUUUAGACCCUCUGAACGUUAUUCAGGUUCAAGACAUGAAGAUUAUCACAAAUCUUAUCGCAUGGAACCCAAUCAGAGUUAUUCCAGUCGUGAUCAUCGUUCGCCAGAGCGAAAAAGAAUGAGACCUGAGGUAAGUCGAUUCACUUAGAAUAAUUUUCUUUUACAGAAAUACCUACCAAUAAUGAUGAGAAAAAAGUAGCAACAAGACAACCCAACAGAAAAGCAUUUAGAUAAGCAAUAAACCAAAGAAAAGGUUUGGUAUAUUAAAU